AUGUCAGCUCUGGAGGGCCCGUUCGCAUGGUCGUCUUUGCUGCGUUGUUCAUCACACGAAUCCUUUGUGCCUAGUCUUGACCUGCCCACCCAAGCAUUAACCUCCAACAGCCUCUACAAGCCCACCUUGCAAAAGCUGCUGGUUCCAGUUGCGGACCAGGCCAACUUGGGGGUUGACUAUCGUCAUGUCGAAAAACAAUACCCACUGGCCAGCACUGCCGAUAUCGCGCACCAAGUCAGCCAAUUUCUCAAGGGCCCAAAGCAGACCAACCCGCCUAAAGAGACUAUAUGGGUCUUUAGCUUCGGCACGUGGGACAUCUGGACCUUGGCAGCCUUGCCUCGCGAAGUGUCCCGGGGUUUGGUACAGAAUAUGGUCGAGCAUCUCUUCAGUCAGAUCGAGCUUCUCUACAAGGCGUCCUUGUCGGUGGACUCCCCUGCCUACUCAGACUUUUGGGCCUACACCAAUGCAUCCCUUCUAGAGAGCUUGAAUGGCAACCCUUCGGCUGAUACCGUCGAGUCUUUCCGCAUCGUCAUUCCCGAACUCUUCGAUUUAUCAUUGACUCCGGGCUGGCACACCCAACGCCCCACACCUCCCGUUCCACACAGCAAGGCGGAGCAUAUGGUCAAUGCCGCAUUCCUUGUUGAUUACUGGAACUCCGAAGUCAUCGGCCGCAUGGACGCCUGGACCCGCCUUGCCGAUCCCGAGCCAGCGCACGAUGACACGGACGUUCCCAAGCGGCCUACGGACGCUGAAGGCAAGCCGUAUUUCGGACUCUGGAGUCCAACUGGAAAGUCCUCCGGCAAAGGCAGAGCCAGCGACGAAACUCUCCUCGUACCUUAUCCCCGCCGCGCCGGACUUCUCACAAACACGACGAGUUUUGUCAAGGAGGUUAUCAUCGAGUCGCAAUUGCGGGCAAGCGGGCUAGGAGAUGGACUUGGAAGAGGAAAACGGGAAGAUGAAGCGUUGCUUCGGUUCGACGAAGUGUGGACACCGUGUAUCUGGGACGGAGCAGCCUCCAAGCCUUGCAAGCAUUCUGACAGGCACCUCUUUUACUCUCCUUUUACCCUAGGAGAAAGGGCAAUCCGGGAGGCAGCGCGACAGACGGCCGAGGCAGUAGCAAUGCGGUUGUUUGCCAAAGAAGGCGAAUAUGACACGGCGGCGUCUGGAUGGAGGGUAGGAGGGCGCCGCCAAGAGGAGACGAGCAAGUGA